UGCGAGUAGCUGAACAGUUCAGUGAGAAUGAGUUUGCGAGGCAUCGGCGUUCUCCUCCGGUGUUACCUGGUGUCGGCAGCAGCAGCCAUGUACUUUGACCUCGGGGAGCAGGAGGAAAAGUGCAUCAUCGAGGAGGUUCCUGAAGACACGCUGGUCACCGGUCACUUCCUGUUGGAGCCUUGGGAUUUGAAGGCGUUCUCCCACUCGCCUCAUUUUGGCGUCACUGUGACCGUCAGAGACCCAAACGCGGAGGUUCUGAUGUCCAAACGCUACAGUAAAUUUGGUAAAUUCACCUUCACAGCUCACGCCUCUGGUCAGCACCACCUUUGCUUCCAAACCAACUCCACGAGGUUUGCCGUCUUUGCUGGAGCGAGGCUGAAGCUAAAUUUGGAUGUUCAGAUGGGAGAACACCCGAUUGACCACAACACCGGCAAGACCGAAAACAACAUGGAGAUCUUGGAGAACAGCCUGAGACAUCUCAUAGAUCAGAUGACGUACAUCACCAGGCAACAGGAGUACCAGAGGGAGAAAGAGGAGCUGUUUCGCGAGAUCAGCGAGGACACCAACGGUAAAGUGCUGUGGUGGGCCGUGGUGCAGACCUCCGUUCUGCUGUCAGUCGGUUUCUGGCAGAUGAAACGACUCAAAGACUUCUUCAUCGCCAAGAAGCUGGUCUGAUGAUUGAUAAUCAAAAACGUUUUUAGGGAGGUCAGAGGGAAAGCAGAAAGUUCCAACCAGGCAGACGCAGGUGUGAUAAGGACGAGACGUUAGAGACCCACCAGGCACCGCACAACACUCACGCUUUGUUGCUUGUGUUCACAUUAAUGUUAGGAGACCACACGUUGCAUGUGAUUGGAUCUUGUGUUGCGGCGAGAGGACCUGCUCCUCCUCGACGCCAGUUUAGGGCCAAUAGAAAUAUUUCCCUUUAUAUCUUACAAGAAAUAUAAAACAUAAUGUUCUUCGUGAUGUUAGUCGGUUGUUCUUCCGGCCGACAGAACGGCUCCUGCCUUUGCAAACGCAGCGCUGAUACUCGACCUGUGAUCUGACAAAUAAAUCUACCAGAACGAGAGAAGUUGUGUGGCUGAAUCCUUCCAGAUGUCCCCAACCGGGCGUCCAAUUUUUGAUCACGUUCGUUCGCUUCGUGCGUUCUUUCAUGAUGACCUCUGACCUAGGUCACCGGUGACCUCUCGGUCCAUGACACAAACUCUACGCCUUUUAUCAAUUUAAAAUCAAAAAGCACAUAGAAUUAAAAACUGAACCUGGCCAAAAUAAUGUUGCAAGGAUUUGCGACGAAUGAAAAAAAAACACCAGCACCACUUUAAAAAUGUUUUGUUUGUGUAUAAACUGGAGAAUCUUGCCAGAAAGUACUAUAUUUCUAAAGGGUUCUUAUAAACGCGUUCUAGUCUCAUGAAGCCACAUUGCAUUAGGGUGGAUUUAACUGUAGUAUCUGUUAUACUGUUUAAACUGCUGUAAACAUGUAUAAAUG